UUUGAUAGGAGUUGAGGGCUACAAGCCUGACCAAAUCUCUGAUACCAAAAUGACCGAACGCUUUGACUGCCACUAUUGUAAGGAGACGCUGUUUGGCAAGAAAUACAUUUUGAGGGAGGACAGCCCCUACUGCAUCAAGUGCUACGAAAGCUUGUACUCCAACACCUGCGAAGCAUGUAAGAAGCCAAUCGGCUGCGAUUGUAAGGACCUGUCCUACAAGGAUCGUCAUUGGCAUGAGAACUGUUUCCACUGCUUCCAGUGCAAGAACUCACUGGUGGACAAACCUUUUGCUGCAAAGGAAGAGAACCUUCUUUGUACCGAAUGUUACUCCAAUGAAUACUCCUCCAAGUGUAGUGAGUGCCAAAAGACCAUCAUGCCAGGAACACGGAAGAUGGAAUAUAAGGGAAGCAGCUGGCAUGAGACCUGUUUUAUCUGCCAUCGGUGCCAACAACCCAUUGGAACAAAGAGUUUCAUUCCGAAGGACAAUCAGAAUUUCUGUGUGCCCUGCUACGAGAAGCAAUUCGCUAUGCAGUGCGUACAGUGCAAGAAGCCAAUCACUACUGGAGGAAUCACUUACCGAGAACAGCCAUGGCACAAGGAGUGCUUUGUGUGUACUGGAUGCAAAAAACAGCUAUCUGGACAACGCUUCACUUCCCGAGAUGAGUUUGCAUAUUGUCUGAACUGCUUUUGCAGCCUCUAUGCCAAGAAGUGUGCAGGAUGCACUAAUCCAAUAAGUGGGCUUGGAGGUACCAAGUAUAUUUCUUUUGAGGAACGGCAAUGGCACAAUGAUUGUUUCAACUGCAAAAAAUGUUCCCUAUCGUUGGUGGGCCGUGGUUUUCUCACAGAAAGAGAUGACAUCCUGUGUCCCGAGUGCGGGAAAGACAUUUAAAAGAUGAAAAGCAAUUUUGGAAAAAACCUGUACUUACAAUACAUAUGUUUUCAAAUAUACACAAUGAUGUGCAUGAGUUUUGACCAAAAGUGCAGAAAGUAAUGUUUUUUCUCAGCAAUACAUAUUAAUCAGUUAACACUAGCUCUUUUUGGGUGCCAGGCCUGAACACAAUAUACUAAUAUAUACAAAGGAAACAGAGCCAUGAUUGCCGGUCACACCUGCAAUUUUCUUGUAUGCUUUAAGAGCCCAUUCUUCAGACCUCAGCCUCCAUUUAUACAGCAGAUUUGAGCACAGCAUCUACUCAAGUUUGCCCACUUAGGUGGUAGCACCUAGCCAACAUUGGCUGAUCUUGAAAAGCUAAGAAGGGUCACACUGGUUUAAUAUUUGGAUAGGAAACCACCAGGAAAUCCCAAGGCCAUAGGUUUGACUGAGAAAUUAAAAAAAAAAAAAAUCUUAAAAGAAGGCAGUAGCAAGCCACUUUGGCAUUGCUGACAAGAAAAGUCCAUGUCCAUGAAGUCAUCAAGGAGUUGAGCUCAUUUGAAGGAGACUUUAUUUUUUACUCAUAUUCACUUGAAAGCAAGUAAAAACAUCACUGGAACAGAUCCCUGAUAAAGCAGGGUUUCAAAUUGUGCAGAAAGAUCUUAUUGAGCUCAACUGGCAGAUCAGGAACAAAGAGGUUUGGUCUGGACAAUGGAGGGUGGCUAACAUGGAGAACCAUAUUCUUAUGCUUGUGUAGGCAUUACACCUAAGGAGUUUUUUUCUUUUUCUUUUUUAGAGUGUAGAAAUGUAUUGGAGUAAAGUAGAUAUAAUGGACAGAGGGUAAUUUUUUAUAUCAAUUGUCAAGCUAUACUCAUUUAUGAAUCCAUAACAGUCAAAUACAAAAUUUGAGUGAUUCAGAUACAAUCAUUAUAGAUAGAUAAAAUAGGACUUUCUGAAUAAUUACAACUGCCACUAUUUAGAGUGUUGAUGGAGGAAAAACAAAUAUUUAAACAAUUGUAUAGAUGAUAAUAUGUAGACUAAUUUAGGUACAGAUCAGUAAUGCAGUGUUUGUGCCAUGCCUUAAAAAGAAAGAUUAAAGAAUGUGAUUUUCUGCAUCAACAAUUUGGAACUGUUUCCACUGAAGCCAAUGGGACUUAUUUCCAAACACAUGAACUUGUUUCCAAAUAAAUGCUCAAGUUUAGGUGGAUGCAAAUAUACAACACAUUAUUGCAUGAUGUUGCAAGAUCAUUGCACAAAAUACAUUUUUGAUUCCUAAUAGAUGUUUUGAAAUUUCAUUGCACCUUAGAGUUUGCAAAGUAAUAAAUGUAUUUCUAGCAAAGUCUGUUGUAUUUUUGUGAAUUCUGACAUUUUAAUAAAUGUUAACCGUUAAGGUAAA